UGAAGGGUUGAGUAACAUUCAGGCGUGGCUUUCCUGCCUGAUAGAACAAGCUUUUCUUGUGGCAGCAUAAAAACAUGAUUAAUUUAACAUCCGCAGGCAGUUACGUUCAACUGGCUGGAACGGGAUAUAAGAGCACUUGAGAUCAGAGAGGAGAAGUAUACCCGCACUGUAACUGUCAGGACUAACCAGCCAUCAGAUGUAAGCUCCACUCUAAACCCAGCAUCCAUCAUGGCUGAAUGUCUACGAAGAGUUUUUCCAUGUUUCAAAUGUCUUCAUGGUUCCAGAGUAAGACCCAGAGAUGUGAGUCCAUCUGUUGUUAUCGAGGUUCAACAGGAAUCCAACCACCAAACCCCUUGUGAAGGAACCCUUUACAUUGCUCUGUACGAUUUCUCGGCGAGGACAAGUGAGGAGAUUUCUAUCAGCAAAGGGGACAAAUUCAAGGUCUUUGAUGAGGAUGAUCGUCUCAAUGGCUGGUGCUUUGCAGAGAAACUCGAUGGGGGUCAGAGCAAAGGAUAUGUUCCCUUUAACUACCUCGCCAAGAAAGACAGUUUGGAAACAAAACCGUGGUAUGGUGGGACACUCAGCCGAUCUGAAGCUAAAAGUAUUCUCUCAGACCAGAAUGUGAGUGGCUCCUUCCUCAUCCGUAAAAGUGAAAAUCAUAAAGAUGCGUAUGCAUUGUCUGUGCAGGAUAAAGGGUGUGUGCGACACUUUCGUGUCUACAAAGGUGAAGAUGGACGUUUUUUCUGAAAUCCAGUCAAGUUUUCUAAUCUGUGUGAACUUGUGGACCAUUACAAAUCCAACAAUCUUCAGGCAGGUCUCCGACUGACAUUACAUUGCAAGAAGGUUGAACCAGUUCUCAGGGAUUUGUCCCAUUCCACGGUGGAUGCCUGGGAACGACCGCACGAGGAAUUCACUCUUGAAAAGUUAAUAGGUUGUGGGAAAUUUGGAAAAGUUUUCGCUGGAUAUUGGAAUAAGACCGUUCAAGUCGCCAUCAAAACAAUAGAAGUCGAUGUGACGAAUCAGAGAAGUUUUCAGGUCGAGAUGAGUAUAAUGAAGCAGCUGUAUCAUCCCCACUUAUUAUCGCUGUACGCUGUGAGCACAGAGCGAAACCCUUACUACAUCAUCACUGAGCUAAUGAAAAAAGGCAGCCUCCUGGAUUAUUUACGAAGCUCAGAAGGCAAACAGCUGAAUUCAGAACAGCUGUUGGACAUCGCAAUCCAAGUGGCAGAGGGGAUGCUUUAUUUGGAAUCCCAAAACUACAUCCAUCGGGAUUUGGCUGCAAGAAACAUCCUCGUUGGAGAAUAUAAUGUUUGUAAGAUUGCUGACUUUGGAUUAGCCAGAAUUAUACAGGAAGAAGUGUAUUUGUCAACAUCUAAAGUCAUUCCAUAUAAAUGGACAGCCCCGGAAGCUCUUGAAUAUGGUCGUUAUUCUGUGAAGUCUGAUGUUUGGUCCUUUGGUAUCCUUCUUUAUGAAAUAGUCACUUAUGGUAAAAUACCUUAUGUAGGUCUGGACAAUCAGGAAUUAGUGCAGAAGGUGUCCAUGGGUUACAGAAUGCCUCGUCCCGAAGGCUGUUCUAUGCAUUUGUAUCAAUUAAUGCAGGAGUGCUGGCAUAAGAACCCACAAGAACGCCCAACAUUUGAAACAAUAACGUCAACAAUGGUGUCCUUCGAAUAUUAUGGAGUCCUGGAGCACAAAUUUGAAUCUUCACUUAUUACCGAUAUUCCCUUUGAACUGUCUGCAUUUUAA